AUGCUCAGCCCGAGCACGGCCGCGCCUCCGAUGAUGAUGUUCGCCAGGUUCAGGCGGGACGACGCGGGGGACAUCUUGCCGCCUCUCCCUGGGACUGAAGUGGGACCUGACCAUUCGCUUUGGGAGCCAAGACGCCGAAAUCGUUGGUGCUAUGCUUGGCGCCGUUCCCGGCCGAUACCGAACGCGCCUGGGACUGGGAGCGGGAGUGGUGAAUCUGGGAACCGGAGCGCGACCGUAUGGGGUCAACAAGCUUCGAAGGCUUGCCAUUGUACGAAUGCGAAGUCUGGCUCGCUGCUGUUGUAUGAGGAGGGCGGGCGAGGUGUGGGAGGGCGAAGGGGGUUCGCUGUUUACUCCCAAGACCCCUGCCUCGACCGGGUCUCGACAACGACUGAACUCUUGGACCGUGCGCGUAGCGCUCGGUCGAUGAUUGCGAACCUAGAUCCCGAGGCGGACGCGUCGUCGCUCACCGCCCCGGUGCCGGUGCCGAACUUCGUGCGUAUGCGCGUUGACGAUGCUUGCGCUCGGACGUCUUUCGGGUUCGUGUGUGGGGGGGAUCGGGGAGUGAUUUCCCGUCAGAGGCAUAGGACUUGUACGCGUCCGAGCCGAAACUCUUUGGUCCGUCGAUCCAAGAGACUUGUGCGCGUCCGAGCCAAAACUGCCAGGCCGGCUCGUCGUCUGAUCUUGGGAAGCCAAAUACCCCUCUGCAAAGGAAGCAAGAAUGUACCACGCCGUCAUCCCGCUCGGCCCGUUGGAGAAAUCGUCUCGGCCCAUUCCAAUCCCAUCCGUCCUGGUUCGUCUUCCAUAAACAGCGGCUCGAGGUAA